UAAGAUGUUGAUGUUUUCAGUGCUGUAUGAUAUGUGCAUACUGUUUCUACGUUGAUCCGUUAGAGCAGAACACCUGUAUAAAAACUUCUCAACUGCAUUGUUCUGUGAACAAGAUCAAGAUGGCCAAAAUUCUUCUGUGGGCUGUGGGAUUUGUGCUGCUGUUAGAAGUGUACAGCGUUCUAGGCCAGGAUUACAAGUUGGUUUGUUACUACACAAACUGGGCCCAUAAAAGAGGAGACUGUAAGUUCUUACCAGAAGACAUUAACCCCAGGUUAUGUACGCAUCUCAUUUUUGCUUUUGCUGUUAUUGGCAAUAACCAUCAAAUCGUUGCCCAGGAAAAGGAAGAUGAAGAUCUUUACAUCUCAUUUAACAGCCUUAAAAAGCGGAACCCAAACUUGAAAACACUCUUAUCUAUCGGUGGCUGGAAUUUUGGAACUGAAAAGUUCACUGCUAUGGCUUCCAGCAAAGAAACCCGUCUAAUAUUCAUUAAAUCCGUUAUAGAUUUCCUACGGCAAAAAGAUUUUGAUGGUUUAGAUCUACAUUGGGAGUAUCCAGCAUUUAACAGAAGCCCAUACCAGGACAAACAGCGCUUCACUUUGUUGGUUCAGGAAACUGUCGAAGAGUUCAAGAAGGAAUCCAGUGAAAGUAACAAACCAAGAUUGCUGCUUUCAGCGGCAGUGGCAUCCGGCAUAAGAAACAUUCAAGCAGGCUAUGAAAUAGAAAAGAUUUCAGAACCCUUGGAUUUUAUCGGUGUGAUGACUUAUGAAUUCCACGGACCAUGGGAUCUUAAAACUGGACCGAAUAGCCCCCUGUACAGAAGUUCUACUGAUUAUAAUGACAAUAAAUACUUUAACAUUGAGUUCGUUACCAACUACUGGAAAGAGAAUGGUGCCCCUGCAGAAAAACUGCUGGUUGGUUUUCCAACUUAUGGCCGUACUUUUACGCUCUGCUCAGCUGAUAGCAAACCUGGUGCUGCAGCAUGUGGUCCUGCACCGCCUGGAAAUUGUACUAAAGCAGCUGGCAUUUGGGCAUACUACGAGAUAUGUGACUUUUUGAAAGGCGCUAAUAAGGAGUGGAUGGAGGAGCAGGAGGUUCCAUAUGCAUACAAAGAUGAUGAGUGGGUUACUUAUGAUAACUUGAAGAGUUAUGAGAAAAAGGUGGAAUGGUUAAAAAAUAAUAGCUUUGGUGGUGCAAUGGUUUGGACAAUUGACAUGGAUGAUUCCAAAGGUACUUUCUGUAAGCAAGGAAAAUCACCCCUCAUUAGUAAACUGAAGAUUCUGCUUUCUUCAAAUUCUAAACCUAAAGAAGAUUUGUCAGCCACAACUGCAUUACCAACCUCUGCAUCAGAAAAUUCAUCAAAUUCUCUACCUUCUACGGUGUGCCCCGAUCUGGAAUUCUGCAGUGAUAAAAAUAAUGAGUAACCAUGCCGAAGAUCACUAUCCCAAAAGUGACGCUUCUUGGAGAAAUAAUGCCUUUCACGAUCAGAGCUGUCUCUGUCACGGUCAAACCUGUCCC